AUGUUAAAUAUAUUUAAGAAUGCUUUCUCUAAGAAAUAAAAAUCUGAUAAGCAAACCAUUUAAUUUGAAUAGUAUGAUCAAUAACAAUAAGAUGAUUCUAAAAUAACAAAUGAUUUUCCAAAUGAUUUUCAAAUUAUUGAUGAAUAGGCAAUGAAUAUUAUAGAAUCAGAGUAUAAUAAUAAAUAGCAAAUACAAUCAGAAUAUUAAGAAGAACAAUAAUUUUAAGAAGAUUUAAUUGAAUAUGAAGUUAAAGUAGAUGAUUCAUUAUAUGGAAUUGCACUUAAAUUUAGUAUUUGUGAAGAUUACCUUAUGAGAAUAAAUGACUUAUCAAGUGAUUUAAUAUUCCAAGGUUAAAUCAUUAAAGUACCAAAAAGAAUUGAGAAGACAUUUUCUGUUGUUCCUAUACAAGAAUAAAAGUAAAAAACUGAAUAUAUAUGGAAUCCUGAUACUGUUUCCUAAAAAUGUAUUAUGAUUCAUCAUUAUAAAUUAGUUGAAGUAAUUUAUUGUAAUAAUAAAUAAAAUGUCUAAGGAUAAUUAACUCUUACUUCUGAUUUAGUUCUUUUUAAUCCUUUAUAAUAAGAUCAUAUUGAAGAUAAUAAUUAAAAAAAAAUAAGAUUAUAAGCAUGUAUCUCAAUGAAAGAUAUUAAUGAGGCUGUAUAUUAUAUCUUACCUAAUAAAAAUGGUCAUUUAGAUUAUAUUGUACAGAUUUUAUUAUCAGGAAUAGGCAAACCAAAAUUUGAAAAGAAAUACAGAAAAUAAUUAGAUAGAUAUAAAGAAUAGAAGAAAAGCAUAGCUACUGUAUUUUUUAGAGUAAAUAUGUGAAAUAAUUUAUAUUAGCAUGCUGAAAGAGAUCAUACAGGUAAAUUAUAUACAGAAGAAAUCAAAAAAUUAAAUUGUAUUACAAUGGCUAGAUUUAUAACUGAAGCCUGUUCAAAUUAUACAGCUAUUGUAGAAUUAACUAAAUUGCCUUUUAUAGAUUUCAUUGAAGAUACUACAUAGAAAUAAAAUUUAGAUGUAGAUGUAGAUGAAAUUUAAGAUGUUAUUGGUGAACGUAUGGGAAGUAAGAUUAUUAAGAAUACUUAGAAUUAUGGGCUAGUUUGGAAUAUGUUCCUAUUUUAAAAGGAAUCUCAAAUUGUUUUACUGAUACUACCUAUAAAUAAGUUAUUGAAUCAAUACCUGCUAUUUAUAGAUUAGCCAAUUGGAAUAAAAUUUAUGAUAUUGAAAUUGAUGGAUCCAGUUAUUCAAAUAUGCUUUAAGAAAUUAGAUACAUAUUUCCAAUUUUAUUAAUCAUUAAGGAUUUUGAUCUCAAUAUUUUUGGUGCAUAUAUUUCAAGUGAAAUUAAUAAAUAUUUUGAAGGUUUCAAAGGAAGUGGUGAAACUUUUUUGUUUAAUAUAGAUAUAGAAGUAAAUAUUAAAUUAAAUUAGAAAAAUGAAGUACAAACUUACUUUUGGACUGAGAAGAAUAAAGAUUUUAUUUUUUGUGAUGAAACUGGUUUAGGAAUAGGAUGUGGAGAUAAAUUUGGACUCUUUAUUGAUUAAAGUCUUAUAUUUGGAUAUUCUAAUCCUUGUACAACUUUUGAUAAUCCAAGAUUUACAAAUUAUGAAAAAUUUAGAAUUAAACAUCUUGAAUUAUGGACUAUAGAAUAAUAAUGA